UUUGUUCACGUGACUUUGCUCCGUUCGCUCUUGCAAAGUUAAAAACAGACUUUGUUUAUCUUGCAGGUUGUUUGCUGAAAUGCUCUCCGACUAGUUUAACCUACUUUCCUUUCCACGCUCAGCGUUAUUGACUCGCCUCAGCCGUAAACGCUGAGAAGAGUACGAAACCCUCACUCCUCAUUUAUAUAGUAUUUCCUCUCUUUGUAAUUCAAUUUAAUUAUUUUUUUGUGUGUUUUCUGCCAUUGAUCCCGUGCUGCACGAAAAAUAGGCGACUGGACUCGCGAUUUUCCACUCCAGCACGUGUCAUUUGUCAAAAGACUGUUGAAAUACCUCGUUCUGCAGACGUUUGACUGCUAAUUUUUUGGGGGGGGCAAUUUGUGGCAGCUGAAGCUCGACAGGAGAAGCCCACCGUGAGGAUUUCUAAUCGAGCAUUUGGAGAGCGCCAUGGCGACCGAAGUGGAUACGUGGUCCUCCGCUCCAAAAGUCGACGGGGCGUUCUCUUUCGACGACAACCUGGCAGAGGCUAACCAUCCCUACAGCGUUGACGAUGACUUGCUGAAUGAGGCGGAGGUGAACGGCAACUGGACUCCACAGGAGAAAGCGCUCCACGAGGCUCGACUCAAAGCCAAAGCCAAGCGCCGCCUGCGCAAGUCCUCGUCACGCACCUCCACCAGCGAGUCCUUCUCUGAGUCAGGAGAAGUGUCAGGAACUGACCCGAACAGUCCAAAGGGCAAAGUCAACACCAGUGACCGCAAAUCCAGGACGGGUAAAGGCAGAGGCCUGCCAAAAAAAGGUGGAGCAGGUGGGAAAGGAGUUUGGGGGGCUGCUGGGAUGGUUUAUGAAGAUGAGGAGCCUGAUGUGCGGGACCCCAACUACGAUGAGUCUGCUCAGGGGGACACGGUUUAUGCGACAGUUGUGCCCGAGGUAGAUGAGAAGGAACUGGAAAAAAUGGUCAACCCAAUUGUACAGGAGUACUUUGAACAUGGAGACACCAAAGAGGUCCAGAUGUUGCUGAAAGGACUCAACCUGGGCCAGCAUAAGUUCGAGUUCUCCUCCCUGGCCGUGGCACUGUCCCUGGAAGGCAAAGCCAGCCACAGAGAGCUGACCUCCCGCCUGCUGUCUGAUCUGUCGGGCAAGAUGCUGUCACAAAGUGAAAUGGCCCGCGCCUUUGACAAGAUACUCAAAGAGCUGCCAGACCUGAUACUGGAUACACCGGAGGCUCCGCAGAUGUUGGGCCAGUUUGUAGCCCGAGCCAUAGCAGACCACGUCCUCCCCAUGUCGUUCCUGGACUGUUACAAGGGAAAAGUGGACUGUGACCAUGCCAGAGUGGCUUUAGACCGUGCCGAAGUGCUGCUGACCAUGAAGAGGGAGAUGGUUCGUCUCGAUAAUGUGUGGGGCGUGGGUGGAGGCCUUAGACCUGUCAAACAUCUUGUCAAAGAGAUGAACCUCCUGCUCAAGGAGUACCUGAUAUCAGGAGACGUAUCUGAGGCAGAGCACUGUCUGCGGGACCUGGAAGUCCCACACUUCCACCAUGAGCUGGUCUAUGAGGCUGUAGUGAUGGUGCUGGAGUCGAAAGGAGACACUGCCAGUCACGUGAUGAUAAAGCUGCUGCAGUCCUUCUGGAAAACAGGCCUCAUCACUGUGGAUCAGAUGAACAGGGGUUUCCAGCGUGUCUAUGAUGAGCUCCCAGAAAUCAGCCUUGAUGUGCCACAUGCCCACUCUAUCAUGGAGACCUUUGUGGACCUCUGCUACCAGGAGGCCAUCAUCACCAAACAGCUGAGGGAUGCAUAUCCCGCCAGAGGACGAAAGCGUUUUGUGAGCGAGGGAGAUGGAGGGGCAAUAAAGAACUAAUCCACAAGAUGAAGAGCAGCAGCAGCAGCAGCAGCAGCAGGAAGAGGAGGAGGAGGAGGAGGAGGGGGGGGGGUGUCUACAGGUUGUUAGACCCAGAUUCCGCUCCAGCAUGUUUUCCUCUGAAACCAGGCAUGCUGGCAGUCUUAAGUUUCCUUGUUCCUUCCCAAUAAUGUUGUCAUUACACAAACCAGCAUUGCCGUUUGGUGAAAGUAGACAGAAGCGUUGAGUUCCAUUCAUCUUGUUAAUCACUGUUUUGGACAUUUUCUUUUUGUAAGAAAGUUCUUUAUUUCUUGGGUUGAUGCACCCCUUUGUACCUGUUUCUCAAGAAUAGUUUGAGUCAGAGCUGCAGAAAGACAGGUUGACAGGCAGGGGUGUGUGGGAGAUGAAUUUGGGUGUUUUGUCUCUGGCUUUGCUUCACCUGUUGCCAUGUCUCUAUUUUUUUUCCGUGUAAAGUGCUAGAAAUGGAAAAAAAAGCACUUUGAAGACAGCUGAUACUGUACAGUCGGUGAGCACUUGGUAAUUUAGCUCAACAACAAAGAUUUAACUUUUCCUUUUUUUUUUUCCUGCCACAAGUCAUUUGAAAUGUUUUCAAGGACAUUGCGCUUUUUUUCUUGCAUCUUGGGUCCCUCACACCAAACGUUCACUUUAUUAAGCAAAUCAAGAUGUGUUUGGGUGGUUAUUUAAAACUUGCAUUAGGGCAAAUAUACUUUGGAAUAUUAAAAGAAAUUGGGGUUUAAUCUGUGUUUAAAAAAAAAAAAAAAAAAAAGAAGAAGAAAAGUAAAAAGAUUGAACAAGCACUAUUUUGAGCAUUCAGAUGUUGCUUGCAAUAAAUAAAUCUACAGCUCACAUGGUCAGAAAUUGAUUCCGGACAGGUAACCUGAUGAUACCCUGGAGAGCAGAAUUAAUCUGGGAAUUGUCUUUAAACUUGUUUACCUAUCUGAUACAUCUGUGAAAUGGCAACCUCGGUUUAUCUUGGAAGACUGUAUGUUAAAGGCAUAUUCAGAUAUGCAUAUUCUUUUCCGCCACUGUUUGUAACAGUUUUUCAUGUUGACGAAUGUUAAAGAUGUGGCAAAGAAAUAUAUUUCACUCAUUAAAAAGCAACAAAAUUA